UGACCCAGGCGGUGGGAAUUGCAUUUGCAAAGCUCUCCCCUGGUUUCUCAUGCAGGGGAGCAGCUAGAGAAGAGGCUUCCAUUGGUUUGAUGAAGCUUCUGAACUUUAUCUUGGGAUCAGUGUGGAGCUAAGAAAAGAUUUUCAGCAGGGGAGCCGCACAAGCUAAUGUAUGUUUUAUAAAGUUCACCAUGGCCUCUGCGGGAACAGACUGGAGGGGGCCAGAGUGGCUCUUGGGAGGAAUGGACAAUCAGACUGUUCUGGCCGUCCAGUCAUUGUUGGAUGGCCAAGGAGCAGUCCCUGAUCCAACAGGCCAGAAUGUCAGUGCGCCCCCUGCCAUCCAGCCAUUGGAUGAUGAGGAUGUCUUUCUCUGCGGAAAGUGCAAGAAGCAGUUCAAUUCGCUGCCAGCCUUUAUGACCCACAAGCGAGAACAGUGCCAGGGGAACGCACCUGCCCUGGCCACUGUCUCGCUGGCCACAAACAGCAUCUACACGCCUCCAGCAGCACCUGCCACAGUCCAGCAGGCCCCGCCUCCCGCCAAUCGCCAGAUCUCCACGUACAUCACAGUGCCCCCGUCCCCACUGAUCCAGACCCUGGUGCAGGGCAACAUCUUGGUGAGCGAUGACGUGCUCAUGUCCGCCAUGUCAGCCUUCACGUCCCUGGACCAGCCCAUGCCCCAGGGGCCCCCGCCUGUGCAGAGCAGCCUGAACAUGCAUUCUGUGCCCAGCUACCUCACUCAGCCUCCGCCACCUCCUCCACCCCCACCACCUCUGCCGCCACCUCCACCCCCACAACCCCCGCCACCCCCACCCCAGAGCCUGGGCCCCCCCGGGCGUCCCAACCCUGGUGGCAGUGGCGUGGUGGAGGUGUACAGUGCUGCUGCGCCCAUGGCUGGGAGUGGGACGGUGGAGAUCCAGGCCCUGGGGAUGCAGCCCUACCCUCCACUGGAGGUGCCAAAUCAGUGUGUGGAAGCUCCAGUGUACCCCACACCUCCGGUGUACAGCCCUGGCAAACAGGGAUUCAAACCGAAAGGACCAAACCCUGCUGUCCCUAUGACCAGCGCCACUGGGGGCACAGUGGCCACCUUUGACUCCCCACCAACACUGAAGACCAGACGGGCUAAAGGUGCCAGUGGACUCCCGGAAGCUGCAGGGAAGCCCAAGGCUCAGCAGCUCAAGUGCUCCUACUGCGACAAGUCCUUCACCAAAAACUUCGACCUGCAGCAGCACAUCCGAAGCCACACCGGUGAGAAGCCCUUCCAGUGCAUUGCGUGUGGCCGUGCCUUCGCUCAGAAGUCCAACGUCAAGAAACACAUGCAGACCCAUAAGGUGUGGCCUCCAGGGCGCAGUGGUGGCACUGUUUCUCGCAACUCAGUGACUGUCCAAGUCAUGGCCUUAGACCCCAGCAGGCAAGAGGAAGAGGAGAAUACAGGGCUGGGCCAGAGCCUGUCGAGUGCGCCCCCGCAGCCCCAGGCCUUGCCUGCUGUUGGUGAGGCAGAGGGGGACAAGCUGGGGCCCGGGCAGGUGGUCCUCAUCGACAGCUCCUACCUGUGCCAGUUCUGCCCCAGCACGUUCAGCACCUAUUUCCAGCUCAAGUCCCACAUGACGCAGCACAAGAACCAGCAGGUAUACAAGUGUGUGGUCAAAAGCUGCGCCCAGACGUUCCCCAAGCUUGACGCGUUUCUGGAACACAUCAAGAGCCACCAGGAGGAGCUCAGCUACCGCUGUCACCUCUGUGGCAAGGACUUCCCCUCGCUGUACGACCUGGGCGUGCACCAGUACUCCCACAGCCUCCUGCCGCAGCACAGCCCCAAGAAGGACAGUGCCGUCUACAAGUGUGUCAAAUGUGUCAACAAGUACUCCACUCCCGAGGCCCUGGAGCACCACCUGCAGACUGCCACUCACAACUUCCCCUGCCCGCACUGCCAGAAGGUGUUCCCUUGUGAACGCUAUCUGCGGCGCCACCUGCCCACGCAUGGCAGCGGAGGCAGGUUCAAGUGCCAGGUGUGCAAGAAGUUCUUCCGGAGGGAGCACUACCUCAAGCUGCACGCUCACAUCCACUCAGGUGAGAAGCCCUACAAAUGCCCCGUGUGCGAGUCCGCCUUCAACCGCAAGGACAAGCUGAAGAGGCACAUGCUGAUCCACGAGCCCUUCAAGAAAUACAAAUGCCCCUUCUCGACGCACACGGGCUGCAGUAAAGAGUUCAACCGGCCAGACAAGCUGAAGGCUCACAUCCUGUCCCACUCAGGCAUGAAGCUGCACAAAUGCGGCCUGUGCAGCAAGUCCUUCAGCCGUCGUGCCCACCUCGCCGAGCACCAGCGUGCUCACACAGGCAACUACAAGUUCCGCUGCACCGGCUGUGCCAAGGGCUUUUCCCGCCACAAGUACCUCAAGGAUCACCGCUGCCGCCUUGGCCCCCCAAAGGACAAGGACCUGCAAACCCGGCGGCCACCCCGGAGGAGGGCAGCUCCCCGCAGCAGCAGCGGCAGCAGCAGCGGUGGCGGGCACAAGGUGGUGGCCCCCUUGCAGGACCCACUGGGACUAGAGGAACUGAAGGAUGCAGGGGCCGGGCCAGUGCCCGAGGCUGCCCCCGGCAAGCCACCCUUCUCGGAGCAGGAUGCCGUGCUGUCCAUCGUAGUGGGUGGCGCUGUGGGCGGGGACCCUGAGCUGGUAGUGCCAGGCCACGCUGAGGGGCUGGGCUCCAACCUGGCACUGGCAGAGCUGCAGGCGGGGGCCGAGGGCUCGUGUGCCAUGCUCGCGGUACCUGUCUACAUCCAGGCCUCGGAGUGAGGUGGAGCUCCUGCUCCCACAGGCCAACCUGAUGCCUGUGGGCCCCGCGGCCCAGGAGGACCAGAGAUCCUUCCAGGGGAAGUGAGCCGUGGCAAAAGCCCUUUUGGAAUGUAAGCCUGGGCCCCUGGCUGCCCUUCUAUGCCCCCAGUCUGCUGGAAGGCCCUGCAGCAUCCUGGGAUUCAUCCCCAGGACAGAGCAAAUGGCAAGAGAGAAGGCCGGAGCCCGAGAAGCCCGGGCCUGGCUAAGCUAGGCUGGUGGUGAGACCACCCCCAAGGCAGACAGGGUGGCCCCAGCCACCCUUCUCCAGCCGCCUGGGAUGGCCUCUAAUCAAGCUUCUCUUCAGGAGACUGGACAUGGUCAGAGUCCUUACCUAGUGGACCUUUUCCCUUAGGGUUCCUCACAGUGUCCCCAGAAAACUGUGAGGUAGGCAUUUAGGAGGCACUUCAGUAUGGCGGGUAGAUGGCAGCUGUGAGCCAGAUCUGGCUUCAAAUCCAAGAGCUGCCAAGCACUUACUUUGUGACCUCAGUAAAGUCACUUCACAGUGGGCUUGUGAUGGUCCUACCUCCUGGGGUUGGUUUGGGGGUUCAGUAUGGUGAAAUGUGCAGAUCGGCUGGUAUGGUGCCCUCGCUGGGAAAGUACUCAAUAAAUGUUUCUAUCAUAUGUGUCCAAA